AUGGAUCUUCCUGUGAAUAAGAUACAUCGUAUUUUAUUGGAUGCUGGCAUACCAUCAACUAUUGAAGAUCUAAAAAAUCCUACAGAAGAAUACAUUAUGAAGUUAUUAACGUCGUUUUUGUCACGGUUUGGUAUUGAUAUAAACUUAAUCAAUCAGCCAACUGCAGAACAGUCCUCAAUUAUGACAUAUUUCAAAGAUUCUGAUAUAAUACAAUUGAUCAACUUACAUGCAGCUCUAACACAAAUAUUUGACAAAAUAUUUCUAUGCGGUUUCUGUAUUACUGAUAUUACUAAUCCAGGGCAAAAACGUCUUCGAAGGCAAGCCAAAUAUCUUGCUAACUUUAUAUUAUAUACAAUGCAAAAAAAAUCAGAGUUUAACGAUAGAAUGGAUGAAAUUCAUGCUAGAUCUAGGCUAGUAGAGGAAUUGAAAGAUAAAAAGAUUCAAAUUCUGGAAUCUAUUAAUAAGAAAGCUUUGCACAAAGCAAAACAAUUAUCUUUGAUAAAAAAACUUGAAAGUGAUAUACAACAUAUGCAAUUAAAAAUUGAAAAAAACAAUAAGAGGGAAUUAGAACUUGAGGUGAUAAAAAACGAAGAAGAAAAGGAAAACCGGAAAAUUAAGGAACUUUGCACAUCUGUUAAAGUAACAGUAAUGAAGCUGUCCAAAGCAAUAGAUGAUUUACAGUCAGAAGUCGUACAUUCACCUGAAGAGAUUCGGUCACGUCUAAAUGAACUUGAGGAGCAAAAGAACUUAAAAAUAGAGGAACGCAACAUAAUGCAAGAAGCCAUUCAAGAUAAGAAACAAUCUAUAAAACAGAUUGGGGCAGGACUUGAUGUUGUUCAGAAAGUGAAUGAUGAAUUGCCUACAUUAAAAAUUACAUAUGAGCAAUUAAUAAACCAUAAAACGCAAUCAGAUAAUAUUAAGAAGCAAAUUGAGUCACUAGACAAUAUGUGGAUUGAACAACAAAAUAAAUUAGCAAUGCAUAAAGAUCAAGUUGAUAUCGAAAUGAAUGAACUUCAAUCGCGUCAUGAGAAAGAUAUGGCUUCAUUGCAUAAUUUGUAUAAACAGUUAUUAAGUGAGAAGAAAUUGAAGAAAACUCAAUUAGAUGCAAGUAAAGUUUGCUUUAAUGAAAAAUGUUUGGAAAGAAAUAAGCUGAGAGAAGACAUUAGAAAAAAAGAAGAGGAAUCCAUGGCUCUUGUGCAUAGUUUUCAAGAAAUUUAUGACAAUGAAAUUACUAAUGAACUUGAAUUACGGAAAGCCUGCAAGGAAUUAUAAUUAGAGAAUACUCUAAAAAUUUGGAGGCAUUUAGAAGAAAGCAUCUAGUAAGACGGAUCAUAUUAAUUAUAUGUAUUAUACAAUAUAAUUUUAUUAUGAAGUUCUUAUUAUCAUAGAAGUAAAAAUUGUAGAAUAAAUAACUUAUACUACUAUCUGUACUACACACACACACACACACACACAUACACACACACACACAUAUGUAUAUAAAUAAUACUAUACGUAGUAUAUCAUAUGAGGUACGACAAUAUUAUAUUUUUACUGAAAGUUAAUUUAAUCGGAUAUAAAUUUUUCUAAUAUAAAAUCAGAGUAAAAUUUUUUAAAUAU